AUGGAUCUCCAGAAAACCGCGUCCCUAAGGCCAAAUGAAACAAGAACCGAUGUGCUAGGCAGCCUACGCCUGCGGCAUCAGGAGACAAAUGAGAUAAUCUUGAUUCCAAUACCCACAGAUGAUCCCAACGACCCGUUGAAUUGGUCGAGGCCAUUUCGUUACUACAUAGCCUUUGUGGUUUGCCUGGCUGUCUUUUUCUGUAACUUCUUGGCUGCAGGACCGACAGUAGCGAUUGUGGAAACCACCGUGGACUUCUUUGGCCCCGAGGGCCCCAAUUUCAGUGCCCAGAUCUCAAAAGUAGCGUUCUUCUAUACAACAACUGCCCUCACCCAGGGCGUGGGAAUGCUCUUUUGGAUGCCGUUGAUCGUAAAAUACGGCCGAAGACCUAUCUAUGUCAUUUCCUUUAUACUUUAUUUCGCUACAGGAGUAUGGUCAGGGUUUGCUAAAACAUACAGUGUUGAGUUGGCUGGUCGGAUUAUCAUGGGAUUUGCAGCAGGCGCUGGAGAGUGUCUUGGUCCUUUGACUAUCGCUGACCUAUUUUUUCUGCAUGAACGUGGGACCGUGAUGGCAACCUACACCGCGGCGCUUUCCAUGGGCGUUUCAGGUGGUAUCAUCAUCGAUGGGCUUAUAACAAUCUCCCUCCAUUGGCGAUAUAUUUACUAUGUUGCCUGCGCCUUGAUUGGCGGGGUGACAGUUCUCGUUAUUUUUACCUUCCCAGAAACCACCUUCCAACGCAAUAUUGAACUGUCACAUGAAUGUUCAGUUACCAAAUCAGUUCAAGGGAAGGAUGGUUCCAACAGUCUAGCUGCCUCUGACCACAACGAGAAUGGAACAAUUCAUUUGGUUCCAAAGAAAGUAGGCUAUAUUGAGUCUCUCAAACUUUUCAACAAAACAAAUUUCACUUCUGAGCCGCUGCUCCGGGUCUUCGUGCGCCCAAUUGUUUUGAUUAUUCUCCCUUCGGUUCUGUGGACAUCGCUUGUUUUCGCAGUGACCAUUGGGUUUCUUGUUGCCAUCAGUUCAAAUUUCGCCACCGCGUUCUCCACGACAUACGGUUUCAGCUCAUGGGAAACAGGACUAUGCUUCAUAUCUGGACUCUUAGGUUCGUUUAUUGGAGUGUUAUUUGGGGGUAACGUGUCGGACUGGUGUGCAGACUGGUUCACCAAGCGCAAUGGUGGGAUCCGAGAACCUGAAAUGCGUCUACCAUCAAUUGUCAUUGGAGGAGUUUGUGCCCCAGUCGCCUUGAUUCUCUACGGCGUCGGGAUAAAUAACGAAUUGCAUUGGAUGGUACCAACCCUCGGUCUUGGUAUACUGAGUUUUGCUAUUGUCCAAGCGACAAAUGUGGCUAUGGUGUAUGUAAUCGAUUGCUACAGGCCGGCAGUUGGUGAAGUUACCGUCUCUAUUUUGUCUUUCAAAGCUGCAUUCGGGUUCCUACUCUCGUUUUACACGAAUCCGUGGAUUGAUCUGGAAGGUUAUAGUAGAGCCUUUGGCGAAAUGGCUUGUAUCUCUGGGGUUAUGGUAGCCUUUUCAGCUGUGUUCUACUACUGGGGAAAGCCGAUCCGUCACAGUACUUGGAAAUGGAGUGUCAUGCAAAAGUAUGGACGUUGGGCCGCCGAUCGAGAGGUGGGAGAGUAA